UUUCUUUGCUAAUGUUAAUUACAAUGAAAAAAUUCACCACAAAUGGGAGCGUAGGUAAAAAGUAGGUAGUAAAGAGAAAUAAUCAGUAGUCAUAACUAGAUUAGGUGACAAAUCUUUCCUCUAGCAGUCUAGGCUUUGCUGGGCUGUGGAGAUUUUCUCUUAGCUGUGGCGCUGCUUGCAGUGAAGGCAAACGGCUAUGGCUCACGUAGUGUAUGCGGAAUCUCCGCCCGGAUUUAUCGAGGAAAUAAAAUACGAAGAAAUGAAAUUGGGGAACACGAUUGGCAAAGGAGCUUUCGGCGUAGUUUAUGAAGCUGUUUAUCGCCAACAUCCUGUCGCUGUAAAGAAGAUUGAAUCUGAAAACGAACGUCGAGCCUUUAUUACAGAACUGAGACAGCUCUCAAGAGUUUCACAUCCUAAUAUCAUUCGUCUGUAUGGUGCCUGCAGUAACCCUGUGUCUCUUGUUAUGGAACUGGCGGAAUGUGGAUCUCUGUAUGACUUGCUGCAUGGGGCAGGGCCUCUCCCCCACUACACCGGGGGCCAUGGGAUGAGUUGGUGUUUACAAUGUGCAAAAGGUGUUGCUUAUCUUCAUAAUAUGAAACCAAAAGCUCUGAUACAUAGAGACCUGAAACCCCCAAAUUUACUUCUGACGAACCAAGGACUCGUUCUGAAGAUCUGUGACUUUGGCACUGCCUGUGACAUUCACACACAGAUGACUAAUAACAAGGGUUCAGCGGCAUGGAUGGCUCCUGAAGUAUUUGAAGGAUGUCAAUACAGUGAGAGAUGUGAUGUCUUCAGCUGGGGAAUCAUACUCUGGGAGGUCUUAACUCGAAGAAAACCAUUUGAUGAGUUGGGAGGUCCAGCAUUUCGCAUCAUGUGGGCAGUUCAUACCGGUACGAGGCCGCCAUUAAUACAGGGAUGCCCAAAACCUAUUGAGGAGCUAAUGACAAGAUGUUGGUCAAAAAAUCCGAGUUCCCGUCCAAGUAUGAAUGAUGUUGUAUAUGCAAUGACAGAAUUGAUGCCGUAUUUCCGUGGUUCCGAUGUUCCCCUUGUAUUUCCACAAUACUCUGACAGUGAUGAAGAGUCUGAUUAUUAUGAAACCGGCAGUGACAGAGGGUAUGGGACAACAUACAGUACAAUCAGCGACACCCUGAGGAAGACACACAUUACAAAUCCUAACAUGACCAAUCAUGAUAGACCACCAAUGGUGACAUCACAAUCUGUGCCUAACAUACAAAGACAGGAGCAAUUGGCAUCAUCAGGAUCCCCUCUACCAGACCCCACACCUCUGAGCUACGGGAAUAAAUAUUCAACAAAGCGUCGUUCAUCCUCGGACCUCAUCGCAGAGAUUGAGAAGUCACCUAUUGAGAGAGUUUCCCCGUCUCCUGUUACAUCAAGAUCUGCCAGUCCUGCAAGACCUCGGGCUUCAACGUCUUCUCCACUGAUUACACCGGCCAUCCAUACUCCAGAUUCUACAGCAAGUGUUACGACUUUACCCCCACCUGCGAAGCCGUUGAUCGUUCCCUCCCCAAUCGCCAGGAAUUCCCCUCUUCUCAUACACGACGAAGAACCAGGUUACGACGAUUAUGAUUAUGCAAACGAUUGCACGUCUCCGAAAGAUCCAAACAAAAGCAAUUCCUUGCCGAUGUCAUAUCUUGCAUUGGAACUCCAUCUACAACCGUUGCCUCCAACCACCUCCAGUUCGGAAUCCAUGGAGAUUUAUGAGCAGCAUUGUAGACUGGCUGAAGAGUAUUUACGAGUCCAGACUGAGAUUAUGUUCCUUCAAAACCGGAAAGAACUUCUGACAAAUGAGCUUGAAAAGGAAGAAAAACACAAAGUCGAAGGAAGCAAAUUAGUGGAGGAAUAUCAACAGUUGUUAAAACAAAACCAGGAACUGACUCAGCUCACAACAAAAAUGAAAAAGGAGGUUGAGAAAGCUCGAAUGAAACAAAAAAUGUGAUUUUAAAAUGUCAAAAUUCAAUCCUUCGAUACAAGAAUCUUAACUACCUGGGAUUGAAUAUUCUUGGAUUUGAAAAGCUUUUAUGAAUCAAAUUUUUUUAACUUUUAAGUGUUCAAAUUAUCCGCCCAGCUGUUAUGAUAUCCGCCGUUGAUUGUCAUUAUUAACCAAUGUGAAACCAAUAUGUGCUACUCAAGGUUGGCCACACUUCCAAGUCCCAACAACAGAAGUAUAAAGCUUACAAGGCACGCGAGGGUGCUUACAUGGGCCAAACCAAAGAAAUAAAAUGUAACCUAUAAAUGCAUGUUAGAAUAUUAAAACAUUUGAUUCUUGAAUCAAAUGAAAUAUAUUCGAGUCUUUCUAAUGACUACGUUAACUCUUACAAUUCUGCUCCAAUUAACUCCCAAUUCUGUAGGUAAACAGACAUUGAAAAGGUAGGUCAUAAUCUAAUAAUAUAAGAAAAGCAAGAGACUGUCACCGAAAACUCUUUGAGAUGUCCACUCCUGACUCUUUUUGACUCCUAUCACGACCCGACCAUCACUUAAUUGUUGCAAAUUUGUAUUAUAUAUUGGUUGUAAAUUCUGAAUUUUGCAUUCAACUAUGAUAGAUUAUAAUUCCAACCCUCAAGAAUUGGUGCAAGAUUUUUGAAGCGUUAUUUCAAGUUUGAAAACUGCAACAUUAAAAUUUUCUAUUAGCUUUGUUUGCACUUUUCUUUUUAGUAUAAUUGCCUAUUACUGGUGACCAAACUUACUUCAGUCUCAUUCCUACUUUUUGUGCUAAAAAUAUCUCAGCAUAGGGAACCGACAUUCGAAGAAACUCUUAUUCUGUAACUUACAUAAAUCAUAAAACAGCGUUUUUAAACUUUCCUGUUUUUUGGGCUCAGUUAUACUCUUAUAGAAGAAACUUUCACUUUUUUUUCACGCUGAAAUAAAAAUUUCAAUUAGUUUGACAUUAUGUAUGCUGACAGUGCUGAUUUUCGAUAUGGUGCAGGAAUAAGCUACCACCCCCGUCCUAGAUAUAUUAUAGCUUUUGAUUUUUCAAUGGUUCACCACAUGAUUUAAGUCGUCUCAUCAACUUUCUCCCCUCGUAGGAUGAACAUUUAGAAUCCAUAUUUCACCAUGGUGUUAUUUUAUUUUUUUUUGAUAUGCUAACGCACUUAACAUUACUAAUUUUCAUUGCUUUUAAUUUGUGACUUUUUGUAUUAAUGCAUAAGUGCUUACUGUCUAUGCUUGUUAGUUAGUUGUUGGAACUGGUUUUUAUAUUAAUUUUCGGGGCUCCCGAAGUAUGCGAACCAAGAUGGCGGACAUCGGAAUGUAAUAUGUGUACUAGGUUAGGGUUAGGCCAUAAUUUUAGGUAUAAAUACUACGGGAG